AUGAUCAGCGCGUUCGACACCGAGGUUCGUUUUCCGAUCCUUUUCCCGAACCUCCGCUAUGGGUUGCUUCUUCGCUUGCUUCAGAGCUCGGGACUCCGCCACCGCCACGACCACCACAGUGCCUUCUUCUCCUUCCGGCAAACACAAACCCGACAAGCAAAGCUCAAACCGUGGUUGAGUAAUUCAGCUGAUUUUGAUGUUGCGGUCUCUCGAAAUCGGUUAUCCACUUUGUUUUUGUCUGAAGAAGAGAGAGAAGACUCUGAUGUGCGCGAUGACGGGAAGGACGUUGAACUGGGAUCUCAGAAAGGUGACAGUGAGGCCAAGUUUCUCAAAGCUAGCAGUAAUUUGACUAGGAUCCCUUUUGAGAAAGUUCACCUUGAGAGUCAACCUUUCAAUCCCUCAACUCCUGUAAAAUGUUGCGAGGAAGGGGAGAAGAGAACUGAUUAUUUUGAGCAAACACCAAGCAGCUGUAUAUCCAAUGCACAAAGCACUCAGUGUGCUUCUCUUGAUUCUACGGGACGAAUUAGGACAGGGAGUCUUCACAAUCUGGAUAAGAAUGACAAUUCAGCUUCUAUUUCAUCUUGGGCCUCGACCACAUACACUAAGAGGAACAAAUCCGUACGUUUUGAAUGUGAUGUUGAUUUAUCAUCCUGUGACUAUUCUGAUUAUGGUGGACGACAUAUGAAGAAAACAGAUUUGCCAAACAAUGAGAGUGCGAAUAAAGCAUCACCAUACCCUACCCCAAUGAAGCUAUCCGAUGAGAUGCAAACUCCUGGAACUGUUUACCCUACAGCUAGGGAAGACUUGCCAAAUGUUAGGCCUCGAGUUAAGUCCCAGUUUGUGUAUCCAAUUAACAACCCUGAUGAUGAUGUCUCUCAGAUACUUGAGGAAGAUGGUCAUACCCAAGAUUCAAGGAAGCUGAGUCAAUCAGUUGAGCGAUCUGAAAUUACAACUUCAACACCUGAUAAAGGGUUACAGAUAAUUUCUUGUGAAGAUGAAUGUAAGGUGGAGGAAAGCUUAACUUCCUGGUUGAAGCCUGCAGCUGUCAUUCUGGAGGAGAGAAACAGGAGGAUGCAGAUAGCUUAUAAUCAUGUCCGGAAAGCACCUGUCGAUAGGCCUAUCAUUGGGAUGGUUGCAGCUCACUGGAACGAGAACGAGGAUUCUGAAGUUCCUCCUCCUAAGUGGUGGGAUGGUAACGGCAUACCAAAUUCAACCAAUAAGUAUAAAGAAGAUCAGAAAGUCAAUUGGCAUGCAACGCCAUUUGAAGAGAGGUUGGAAAAGGCAUUAUCUGAGGAGAGUGUCAUAUCUCAAAGGAAGGAUGCGUGUGGAAAAUCAAUUCCUUUUGACGAGAAUGAAGAAAGUGAUACUGCACUAUCUCAGCUGCAAUCUUCAACUCAUCCACAGUCAGUGGUGUCAUUCUGA